AUGGCCCACUUACUUUUACUAGCGGUCGUAGCCGCUUUACUACUGGCCGGAUUUUUACUCUUUCGGUAUGGAAAUAUUCCUCGUCAACACAUUAUUGUAACAUUGUCGGUGUUAAUGGCGUGGUGCUUUUCGUUUCUUAUUGUCUUCACUAUACCACUUGAUGUCACAAAUACUUUGUACCGACAAUGUCUCCAGGAAAAUAAUGAUAUUGAAACAUCCAUGGCAUCUGCAGAUUUCAAUAACUCAAAAGUUGAAAUCACAUCAGAAACAAAUACACAUUGUCAGGCUCCAUGGGGCAUGAUUCCUGAUGAUGUUUUUCCAAAUCUGUGGAGAAUAAUAUAUUGGUCGUCACAGUUUCUUACUUGGUUAAUUAUGCCACUUAUGCAGUCAUACUUGAAAGCGGGCGAUUUUACCAUUAAAGGAAAAUUAAAAUCUGCUCUUGUUGAGAACGCUAUUUAUUACAGUUCAUAUUUGUUCAUAUGUGGCGUUUUGUUGAUUUAUAUAGCUGCUAAGGGUGUCUCUUUGGAUUGGCAAAAACUAAAAGCCAUCGCAUCUUCAGCAUCUAACACUUGGGGAUUGUUCCUCCUAGUGCUGCUACUUGGCUAUGCGCUCGUCGAAGUCCCUCGCUCUCUUUGGAAUAAUGCAACGCCUGGUUUUACAUUACAAUACGCUUAUUUUAAAUUAGCGAAAUUAAGCUCGAGCAAAGCAGAGGCGGAGGAGAAUGUAGACGAUGUAUUGGAGUCUCUACAAGGUAUAAAUCGUGCUAUCCCUAAUGGUUAUGAGCUACGUUCAUGUGUAGAAACAAUACUACGCAAAGUACCAACCGAACUUAUUGAGCGUGCGACCCGCAACUAUAAUCGUGGGGGUAGUAUCGGAGACACUCCUACAAUUGUACCAACAGAAAAGACAUUAAUACGGAUUCAUAAGCAAGUUAUUAAGUCGUUGCAGACAUUACAACGUAGUGAAUCCCUUUGGAGUGUGCAGGUAGAGAAAGUUUUGUACUUGGAAGAUAUAUCACGAAAUAUGCACUCGACAGAUAGAAUAUUCAAAUCAGAGUUUCCUUCCCAGCGUUCGCAAUUAUGUAGAAUCCUUUAUAGCCCCUCAUUACAUUGGUACUGGGAGUGCUUUUGUAAAAAACAUUUUUUGAAAGCUCUUUGCAUAGUGGCCGCAAUCAUGUCCUUCAUGGUCGUGUGGAGUGAACUGACAUUUUUCAAUCGACAACCAGUGCUUUCUAUACUUGCUCAGGUUAUAAAUAUUGCCAAGUAUAAUUAUAAAUUCUUUACUAUCGAAUUACUUUCAAUGAUUGUGUUAUGCUAUCUAUUCUAUUGUACUUAUUCUACGAUUUUGCGCAUACGUUUUUUAAAUCUUUAUUACUUGGCACCACAUCAUCAAACAAAUGAGCAUAGUUUAAUUUUUAGUGGCAUGCUCUUAUGUCGAUUAACACCACCAAUGUGUCUUAAUUUUCUCGGUCUAAUACACAUGGAUUCACAUAUAAUUGAAAAGAGGAUACUCGAAACAUACUAUACUCAAAUAAUGGGUCACAUGGACGUUUUAGGCAUAAUUUCCGACGGUUUUAACAUUUACUUUCCUAUGUGUAUGUUGGCAUUUUGCCUGGCUACUUGGUUUAGUUUGGGUAGUCGCAUUUUAAAUGCUAUGGGGUUUCAACAAUUCCUUCAAAAUGAAACCAUUGCCACAGAGUUGGUUCAAGAAGGCAAAGAUUUGAUUGCGAGGGAAAAACGUCGUCGUCUACGCGCAGAGGAUACGAUGUCACGACGUAGAGACCCAACAUCUGUUACGAAUGAAUAUAUUGCUAAAUAUCGUAAUUUAGCUGGAACCGCCGUGCAAGUUGGUUCAAUUGGCCCUUUACGCACACCAACGGAUGGACUUUUGUGUGAUGGAGACCGAAUAGGAUAUGAAACUGUUUCACCACCAUUAAACACUCGUAUCUCACCAAUAGGUGUGCCGCGCAGUCUAUCAGAAGAAAUAAAUGAACGUUUCGGAGUUAGUACUCAUCUGGAAAUUGGUUUUAAGGGCGCCUCACGGCCCUUAAAUAACAUCGAAAAGAAUUCAGAUAGUUUGAAUACGGAUGAACGUAUAAGAUCCCCGCUUCGUGGUCUUUUCGAUGAUGUUUGAUAAAUAGUAGAAAAAUACUAUAAAUAAAACUAAUGAAGCUAGUAUAGUAGAGGUGGUUUAUUAUAUUCUAUGAAGAAUUAAAUGGCAAUGCUGCUACUAAUUAAAAUGUUUGAAUCAUUACUAUGCUCAAAAAUUAGCAGAAGUUAUCUUUCAAUCCAAUAUACUUAAAUGAUACUCGGUUUAAA